ACGCGGGGCCCCGCCCCGCCGCAAUCGGGUCUCCAGCGCGCCCCCGCCCCCAGCCGCGCCUUCUCCCGAUGGCACCGUACGAGGAGAUACGCGUGUCCGGCUUCCAGGAGUUCGAAGGGGCUGUGAAGCAGCACGAAGGCAAGACCAUUUUCGCCUACUUCACCGGGUCUAAGGAUGCCGAAGGACAAAGCUGGUGCCCCGACUGCACGCUGGCUGAACCGGUGGUACGAGAGGGGCUGAAACACAUUAGAGAAGGAUGUGUGUUCAUCUACUGUCAAGUAGGAGAAAAACCGUAUUGGAAAGAUCCAAAUAAUGACUUCAGAAAACAUCUGAAAAUAACUGCAGUGCCUACACUACUUAAAUAUGGAACACCUCAAAAACUGGUAGAAUCUGGGUGUCUUCAGGCCAACCUCGUGGAGAUGUUAUUCUCUGAAGAUUAAGAUUUAGUGAUGGCAAUUGUGUCUUGAUCUCCUGAUUUGCUCUAGAAUAAAAUAAACUGCAUACAUGACUGGAAUUCAUGUUAAUAAAUAAUG